UACGUUGUGAGAGAGCUUCAUUCAAUUUGUCUCGUCUUGGUGAUUUAUGUUUUGGUUUCCGUUAUAUUUCAGGGUAAACAGGAAAUCAAGAAACCUAAAUAUCUGCAAAUUUUCGUUGAAUCUUAUUCACAUUUGACUGGACUGGAGGAUCAAGUUAAGUCUCUUGAGGAACAAGUGAGUGGCUUAGAGGAUGAAGUCAAGGAUUUGAAUGAAAAGUUCGCUGCUGCACAGUCAGAAAUGACUAAUAAGGAAAACCUGGUAAAACAAUACGCUGAAGUUGCUGAAGAAGCCGUCUCAGGUUGGGAGAAGGCUGAGUCAGAAGCCGCGAAACUGUCUGAAAUAUGA